UAUUAGAGAAAAUACAUAGCAAGAUAAUACUCUCUGGGAAGGAAGAGCAUAACUACUAAACUGCUAUUCUAGUCCUUGCACAUCUUAAAUUACUAGAGACCCAACAGAUAAUUUCAGUAUCACCAGAAGUUUAGGAGGUUGCUUUCUUUUAUAAGGCUGCAGUUUUGUAAAAUCAGAUAUCAAAUGACUGUUUACCUGAAAUUCAAAUGCAACGUGAAAAGCAAAUAGCUUGAUUUACUUAAUAACUGGCACAGAAAUUCAUAUGGAAAACAAACAAAAGAAAGAAAACACCCAGCACAAGGUAGCAGGGUAAGUUUGCCUCCCUUCUACUGAAAUUCCAGGAAGACAAAAUAAACCAACUGUGUGUUCAUAAAUCUCCAGAUCUUAACAAAUUGCUUAUGGCUCUAUAAAAAAUGCAAUAGGAGGUUGUACGAGACACUAUUUCACUAGACUUUAGCGUUUUAGGAGGUAAAACACAUGGUCAAAGGAACCGGUUCUUAAUCCAUAUUCAGAGCUGAAAGAGGAGUUUGUGUUACUUCCUCCUCUGCAAAAUCAAUUUAAACUGUCAAAAUAGCUUUAAAUCGGCCGGUUUCAACUUCGACCCCAAGAAAACCCUCUAAAGAACCAGACUGGGCCGUUGCUGCAACAUUUAUGUCAAAAGGAAAUUUUUAAUUUGCAAGGAAAAACAAAAGUUUCUCUCUUCAGAGGUCUCUCCAGCAGCAGCACACGGGAUUUAUCGCCUCUCCUUUAACUCAGCCCGCGUGUUUGCGGCUGGAAACUCUCCCGAACGCAAGUACCUGCUCUUCUCCUCCCUCACCGGGGAAACGGGGCGAUUUGGUGGCAGAAAUUCCGAGGAAAAUGCACUUUUGUGAGUCCAAAGAAACACAAAUCGAGCACACCGAAGGGCUCCCCGGCCGUGCAGCGGGGCGGGCUCUGCAACGCACCAAUCACCGCGCGGCUCCUCUCUAAAAAUACGAGCAUCUGACCCGCGCCAGCCCAAUUGUGUUCGCCUGCUCCGCAGAGGACGCUGCCGCCGCCGCCGCCGCGAUGUCCGAGCCCGCUCCCGCCGCCGCCCCCGAUGCGCCCGCGCCCGGCGCCAAGGCCGCCGCCAAGAAGCCCAAGAAGGCGGCGGGCGGCUCCCGAGCCCGCAAGCCGGCGGGCCCCAGCGUCACCGAGCUGAUCACCAAGGCCGUGUCCGCCUCCAAGGAGCGCAAGGGGCUCUCGCUCGCCGCGCUCAAGAAGGCGCUGGCCGCCGGCGGCUACGACGUGGAGAAGAACAACAGCCGCAUCAAGCUGGGGCUCAAGAGCCUGGUCAGCAAGGGCACCCUGGUGCAGACCAAGGGCACCGGCGCCUCCGGCUCCUUUCGUCUCAACAAGAAGCCCGGCGAGGUGAAGGAAAAAGCCCCUAAGAAGCGGGCAGCCGCCGCCAAGCCCAAGAAGCCGGCGGCCAAGAAGCCCGCCGGCGCCGCCAAGAAGCCCAAGAAAGCGGCGGCCGUGAAGAAGAGCCCCAAGAAAGCGAAGAAGCCGGCGGCUGCCGCGGCCAAGAAAGCGGCCAAGAGCCCCAAGAAGGCGACCAAGGCAGGCCGCCCCAAGAAAGCAGCAAAGAGCCCGGCCAAGGCGAAGGCGGUGAAGCCCAAAGCAGCCAAGCCCAAGGCGGCCAAGCCCAAAGCAGCCAAGGCGAAGAAGGCGGCGCCUAAAAAGAAGUAAAUUAUAGUAGAAGAGUUCUGCUCUCCGUAUUUUGUUAUCCAACGGCUCUUUUAAGAGCCACCCACACUUUCCCUAAACGAGCUGAGGCACCGAGGUCGUCAGUAACCUGCAGCAAGGAUCCAGUAAUUCGUAAGUCGUCAGAGAUCAAUUGUGUCUUCUUUUCCCCUGCAAUUACCGAAAGAAACGCUAACGAGCACGGUAUAACGCGGCGGCUUUAGGGAAGUGUAGACUUUUACAUCUUUUUUUUUUUUUUUGCCGAGUAAUUGGUUUGAUUACCAGGAAGCAAUGUUUUAUAAUGUUUUGAUAAACAUCGGAUGUACGUUUUUUUUAAGGAUAUAUUUUGUAACAAAAGUAAUGCAAUUGCCGGGCACGCUACUACUGAGCCAAGUCUAAUCUAUUGUAUUAUUUCUCUGAAGGUGUCUCCUUAAAAAGUGGUGUGUCUGUUUGGGGGAGGAGGGGAGGGUUUCGUUACCGACCCGAAAAUAGCCCUGAGCUCUCCCGUUCCUUUUGUUCCCGAGGAGAAAGAGCGAGCUUUAACUAUUGAAAAAGCCCGCCCUGACCAAGGAUUGGCCGGGGAGAGCCCGGCCCGCUGCCCCUUCCCCCCCUUCCCCGAAGACGAUUACGCCCCGUAUCUCUGGUGCUGGUUCAGCCACUCUCGGAAAAG